AUGAUUAUACGUGUAUAUGUAAAGUUUCAGAGUAACGGCGUCCCUGGGAAUAUUCGUGAUGGAGAAAUGACAAAAUGUAUUAAUUUACUUCUCUCUCUCUCUGUCUCUCUCUGUCUCUCUCUCUCUCUCUCUCUCUCUGUCUCUCUCUGUCUCUCUGUCCCUCUCUCUCUGUCGCUCUCUCUCUCUUUCUUUUUUAAUUCGUACUUAUUCUCUCCCUUUGAUUUUAUUCUCUCUUUUCUCCUUUUCCCAUUUAUUUCUAACUCUCUCCGUUUUCUUUUCCCCUUCUCUCUAUUUUUAUUUUGCUCUCUCCUUUUCCCUCCCUUCUCUCUUUACACUUUUCUUUCUGCUUUUGUCGCCAACCAAGAAUUCAGAAACUCCUUGAAGGAUCAAAUUUCUCAAGAUAGUCUCAAACUGAAAUAUUAUCUAUCUAUCUAUCUAUCUAUCUAUCUAUAG